AUGCAGCGACAUACGCAAUUGCUAAAUAGAUGCACGAACACCUUAAAACUGAGAUUAUUCACAACUUCUUCGUUGCGCUUGGAUUCAUCAGAUUUAACCUAUGAGACUAGGGCUAAAGAAAUAGAAUCUAAUUCAAACUUAGGCAUUGAUACAUACUACCCACGCAUCUCAUCAAUACGACAAAAGAAUAGCAAUGGACCAGUUAUACGUAUACCUAUAUUUCGUCAAAAGUUUGAUCAAACUGACUUUACCUCAUUUGCUAAUAACCGAAUAGACAAAGAUUUUAUAAUUGAAGGACGAAUCCUUAGUAUACGAAAAGCAGGUAAAGGAAUGUAUUUUUUUGAUUUAGAACAAGAUAACACUCGAUUACAAGUCAUGGCUACGAAUAAGUUAAUGGAGAUGGAUGUUGAUGAGUUUAAUCAAUUACAUGGGUGGUUUAAACCAGGUGAUUAUAUAAGUUGUAUUGGUUACGCAUCAAGAACCAAAACUGGUGAAUUAACUUUAAAGGCCAACAAAUCGAUUGAGCUAUUGACACCUUGCUUACUCAAGAUGCCGAAUAAAUUGAUUGAUAAGGGAAUCAUUAACAACAAUCGAGUGCUCAAUUACUUGGUAAAUCCCGAUUCGAAACAACCAAUCAUUAUAAAAUCCAAGAUUAUUCAAUGUAUACGACAGUUCCUACUUCAACGAGAUUUCUUGGAGGUUCAGACUCCUAUUUUGAGUAAUGAAGGAACUGGCGCUAACGCUACUCCAUUCAAGACUAAAUUUAAAGACGCUGAUGUACAAUUGAGAGUAGCACCAGAGUUAUGGUUGAAGAAGUUGGUGAUUGGUGGGUUUGAUAAAGUAUUUGAAAUUGGUAAUAACUUUCGUAAUGAAGGAAUAGAUCAAACGCAUAAUCCUGAAUUUACUUCUUGUGAAUUUUAUCAAGCUUAUACAAGUUUAGACGAGUUGAUGAUGAUGACUGAAGAUUUGUUGAAGGGGAUCUUCAAAACUUUCGAUGUAAAUAGUUCAACUGAGGCGGAGUUUCCCAAAUAUGAGUUUUUACCAACUUUGGAAAAAGUUACUGGUGUGCCACUUGGGGAUUUAUCAUUUGAUGGGAUUCUAAAAUAUUACAGGCGUCUUGAUUUACAAAUUCCCCAAGAUCCCAAUCCAACUAGCUUACUCAAUAAUUUAAGUGAGAUUUUCUUAGAGUCCUUAAGUGUUUCAAAACACCCAAACACACCCGUAUUCAUCUACAACCAACCAGAAAUCUUGUCUCCCUUGGCAAAAUCAACCAACAUUAACAAUAUACCCGUUUCCUCCCGGUUUGAAUUAUUCAUCAAUGGCAAAGAGUUUGUCAACGCAUAUGAAGAAGAAAAUGAUCCACAGCAGCAAUUUACCAAAUUUAAACAACAACAAGCAAACAAGGUAGAGUUUAAUGAUGAUGAAAUGUUGAUACCUGAUUGGCAAUAUGUUCAAACUAUGAAACUAGGAUUACCGCCAACUGGUGGAUGGGGGAUUGGAAUUGAUCGAUUGGCGAUGUUUAUAAGUGGAGUUGAAAGGAUUGAUCAAGUUUUACCAUUUGGUAAUUUGAGAGAUGUUUUGAAACAAUAG